UGCGCGUGCACCACCACGAGUGUUGCAAAAACAUCUUGCGCGGAGGGUCAGGAUGAGGCUCAAUGUCACUGAGUUUUACAGCCGAUUUGAGACACGGAGGGGAGCUUUGACACAUUGAUUCCGCCAUAUUCAAAAAUACUGGACAAUCUGAAGAGAGGCAGUGACAUUUCUCAAAGGUCUCUCCCCCACCUUCCGUCGUGCUUUAUGUCUACUUAUCCACCAUGUCCACCCAGAGUUUUAGAUUGCUGGAGCUGAUGCUGCGCUCCUCUUGCUGCCACGCCAUCAGAACUAGGCCAUGCUUGCAAAAGGCAGCGCUGACCCCAACAACCUGUGUCCCUGGGGGUCGUAUUCUUCAUAAGAGGGCAUACAGCCUUGACUCUUUUGGUCCUGGUCGGCCCUCCCUGGGUCCCAAUUCACAUCAACCCCGUUCAGAGAGGACGCCCCCUUCAUCAGCACUGGUACACAGGAACCUGUCUGUGGCAGCUGUACAGGGCCAGUUUCGUCCUCUCUGCCGGUAUGACUAUCUGGAUCUUGGGGAGGUAGAGGAAAAUGUACGCCGUGCACAGGCUUGUAAAAAAACAAGACACUUCAUAGUUGAUCCAAACCUGGCCAACGUGGUCGCACAGCAUAUGGGGCCUGAUCUGCAGGAUGCUAAAACAGUUAUAUUCGAAUGCAACCCAGGUCCAGCAGUGUUGACAAGAGCACUGCUGAAUGCUGGAGCUCAGAGAGUCGUGGCUCUUGAGGGAGACAGGACCUUCUUAAAUGAGCUCCAGGAGUUGGAGUUGCGCCUUGAUGGUCAGCUGGAGGUGCUUCAUUGUGACUUUUUUAGGCUAGACCCCAUCGGCUGUGGCAACGUGAAACCUCCAACCAUGUUUACCGAUAAACUGUUUACAGACCUGGGAAUAUCAGAGGCUGCUUGGACUGAUGACGUCCCUGUGAAGGUGGUGGGAAUCCUGUCCCAGCGGAACGAGCGUGGCUUGCUGCUGAAGAUGGUUUAUGCUCUUUUUGAGCGGUUGUCUGUCUUCAGAUACGGAAGAAUAGAGCUCAACCUCUUCAUCAGUGAGAAGGAAUACAAGAAACUGGUGUCACAGCCUGGUGAAAUGAUGCACUACAGAGCCUUUGGUGUCCUCUGGCAGAUGGCUUGUGAUAUUGAACUUUUGCACAAGGAACCCUGGGAGACAUUUAUUGUGUCUUCAAGGCAGAAUGUGCCUAGCUCCAAGGGCAAGCUUCCAAACGACCACCUGUGCCUGGUUCGCCUGCGUCCACGGGCCAACCUGUUCUCCGCAGGCCUCACUCCUUCUAAUGCUUCAACUCUGCUGAUGAUGGUUAAACAGUGUUUGGCGAAAAGGAAGGUCAAACUCAUCGACAGGCUCAAUCUCUGGUCACCUGAUAGUGGGAGCAAGCUGUUAUCAGAGCUGGGCUUGCCAGAGGACAUCCUGACUGGCAACGUGUAUCCAGAGGAGUAUCUUCAACUGUUCCAGCUGAUGGACAAGAGUAAAGAGUUCACACAGAGCUGGCUUUAUGAAGAGAUAUUGGAGAACCCACAGAGGGAGGGCUGGGGCUGAAAUAUGAACACAGGACAUGUUCAGAUUGACUGAAAUGAAACACAACAGGACAUCCAAACGUGUACAAUAAACUGCUCUGUAAUAUAUAUAUAUUUGAAUUUAAAAAAUGUGAUGUAAUAAACCAGGACAGUAAGAUUCAUAUAUAACCAUACCAGUACGACAAAUUAUUCAUUAGUUUAUCAUGAAUAGGUCUGUCAAUGAAACAGGUUCAAAGUUUGUUGUGGUAUUUGAAGACAAAGGAAGAAGUGUUUUAAAGUAGUUUUUGUUUAAUAUUACUGUGACAAACAGAGACACCCUUCAUUCAUUGCUUACACAUCAGGCUACGUAAAUGAUCUCAUAAAUCCGACUUCAACGUAUGCUCCACUUAACAAUACUGUUGCAGUUUUAUUUGGUCAGUUAACAGCAGUAGCAGUUUCACAGCCUGCAUGCAUCUUCAUGUGAAGCUAAAUUUCGUUAAAGCAUGGGAAAAAACCAGCGGCCUUUUUCUAUUUUUAUAUAUCCAUGAGUCCAUAAAUGCGUGUAAGCAUAUAAAAUGCCACACUUUAUGAAAUAUAUAAACUGUAUGUUAUUUAUUCUAAACAAGUUAUAUUGGACUUUUUUAUAUAUUUAGCCCAGGUUUUAUUGGUGCUGUGUCAUUUGGUUGUGGAUAUUACUUUGCUUUCCUGCUCAUACACAAAAAAAACUUGAUGAUUUGAGGCUGUUUGUUUCCUUCUUUAGCAUUUUUGUUCAAUCGUUGCAAUAACAUGUAGAAAUUUGAUUAUGAAAUAAAUUAUUUUCAAGCAAA